GUGCGCCGCUGUCGCCAUAUCUCGCCCGAGAGGCUGUCGUCGCACCGGCCAUGGCGGCCAGGGCGUUCACGCACCGGAGGUGCCAGUCUGUGAGGUGGUUUGUGAUGGCUGAGGGCAGCGGGCUAGCAGAGGCCAACGGCGUGACCCGCCCCGUGCCGUGCCAGGAGCAACCCGAGGAGCAGCGCGCUGUUCUGGGAGAUCGCCGCGAAGGUGGGAAGAGGCGCUUUUUGCGUUUUGGGCCGAGGAUGCCCAGCUCGGGUGAAGCCCUGACCCUCGACGAGCUCCCCAAUCUCCGUGGGAGGAGGCGCUCCUCGCGUUUUGGGCCGAGGGUGCCCAGCUUGGGCGAAGCCCUGACAUUCGACGAGCUCCCCAAUCUCCGUGGGAAGAGGCGCUCUCCGCGUUUUGGGCCGAGGGUGCCCAGCUUGGGCGAAGCCCUGACACUCGACGAGCUCCCCAAUCUCCUCAGGGCACGAAUGUCCAAGCCGGAGGCCCUGCCUGCCAGCCGGCGCCUCAAGGCUCCGCCAGACACGCACGCCGCCGCCGCUCUCGUCGGCUCCCGCGAAGCUCCUGGCGGCUCCCGCCUGGGAGGAGCACCUCGCCGCAGGAGUGCUCUCGAAUCUCACCAUGACCGCCCAGUCACGGGCAGAGUUCCAAACGCAGUGUCGUCCCUGUGGCGCUCCUGA